CCGCUUCAGAAGCAUUCAUCAUACCACUGAACGACGCGGUCGAAACAAAAGUGUACACCGCUGAUGCGCCAGAAGCAAAGGAUUUACUCGCAGCGACUGUGAAAAAACAACCGCCCAAGCGUAUACAAGAGCUAAUAGAGCAAGCGGCAGAAAAUGAAGCGACCGCUGUUAAUUUACAAAAUUUAGAGGAGAAACUCGAGAAGGCCGAAGAACGUCGAAAGGAAUAUUUGCAACAGAAAAUUGAAACCAUACAAAAAACAACACAAAUGUUGACAAGAAGUAGCAGUGGAGAAUUGUUGGAGAGGGAAAAGCAAGAUGAGCCGGAUGUUGAUGGCCAAAUGGAGAAGGAGCACAAAAAUGACAAUCAUGCUGAAUAUGGCGAGGGGAAAAAAUAGUAUGUUCUUAAUUUGAAAUAUGUAUGUAGUAUUAGUAUGAAGUAGAUUUUGUACGGCAUGAGAAAGCUAAAACGCCUAAAAAUAUGUUUAGUUAAAUAUUCGAUAAAUUCAAAACAGUGAAAAACAAAAAAUUAUUUAU